ACAUAUUGGAAUUCAUACGUUACUCAAACAAUUCUUGGGGUUAAUCGUGACAGCUGAUUGCUCAUGGUUGAAGACAGUAGGGGUCUCGGUGAUUCCGUUGGACGGCAGUACUUUGGUGAUAGCGUAAUUGAUAGUUCAUUUUAUUCGGACAACAUUAAGACAAAUGUUUUCAACUUCAUGGGAGAACUUAAACCGAACGUCCAUGACGUUAGUAAUUCCAUCAAGCCACCUCACACAUCGGAAAAACGAAAACGAAUGAGUCCUGUUCCGGAUAAUGUUAUACCCCACAAAUACUACCUCUGUGAAACGGCUAUGGCAAAUCAUUUUGCUCAAAUGAAUCUAACCUUACCGGUCGACGCAUCCAAAAUUCAAGGUGAUUGCAGCUCACCUUUGUUUGGUGAUUCGUCCUGCUUUCCACUUGACUCAAGUCAGAUUGCUUCCGCUCAUCACUUGUAUCAAAACUUGUCAUUGCACACUAACAAAGAAGCAGGUGUUAUUACUAUUAAUGACGAUGAGGAUAUUGAUGAAGAUGCGCAAACCGAAAGAUCACCUUUACGAUUUUCAAAUGAUUUGAAAGAUCACUUAAGAUUUAAACGAAUGAAUCCAACAGAUACGUUCCUAAGAGGACUGCUUUCAUCUGAACCGUCACUCGCGAUAGUGCCGUUUAAUCCUGAUCCCCUCAAAAGUUUACUUCCGCCUAAUUUCUCAGAUCAAGAGUCAAGUGAAGAAAACUCGGACUCUAAAGUGUUACCAGAUAGUCAAGUGCUCGAUUCGUCUACUGUCCUCCCUACCAAUUCCUCUACAUUUGGUAACGUUUUGUGUAUGGAUAUCGAUUCAGAUUUCACGGGAUAACAAAAACAGUUUGGUUUUAUUUGAAUUAUAAAGAAACUGUUCAAAUUGUACAUUAUUGUCAUUUCCUAACGAGGUCUACCCCUGCAUAUUCAGCUCCUUCACUUAGCAUUUGCACACACAUAUCGAGUGGUUUAAUACAGUGGAUAGUCCAUGCAUUUUCUAAUGUUACUGCAUUAAUGAACAAGACCUUUGAAAAUUACAACACACCUUGCCUUUGAUUGUUAUCUUUAUCAUUUGUUGGAUAUAUAUUGUUAAUAUCUUUUACAAUGUAUAAGAUAUGCUGUACUGAUUUUUUAUUGUAGUGCACGUAUAUAUUGUUGGUUUUUCAAUAUUUAUUGUACUCAUUGUAUAUGAACACUAUAUUUUCUAGAUUUCUUUCUGUUUAGAUAGAAAUAAAUCAAGUUUUUGCAGCGU